GUACCUUUGAUGCCCGCCAUGAUGAUGGUACUGCCGAAUAGACAUAUCGCAGUUAAUAAAUAUUGAAUUAAACCCUAAUCGUACAAAAUUGUAUCUAUACUUUUAACUAUACAAUUUUUAUGUAAGCUAAGUAGAUUAUUUGUUUGUUUUGUUUGAAAAUGUUGGUUUAAUGUUGAGAUUUUUGCUGCGGUCCUUUAAUGUCGUGUCGUUCAUUCGGUGGCAUUAUUCCACUUUGGUGUGCACUCUGUUGGUGUGUAGUGGGGCUUGCAAUUUUAUUUCAAGUCGGCGCUCAAGAUUGAAGACAAAAUGGCAGCGAGUAAAUCAAAUCCUGAGGAUUUGGCCACAGCCAUCCUCAAGACCAAGACCAAGCCCAACCGGCUUCUGGUGGAAGAGGCCAUCAACGACGACAACUCGGUGGUGGCGCUGUCCCAGGCCAAGAUGGACGAGCUGAUGCUCUUCCGUGGCGACACCGUCCUGCUGAAGGGCAAGAAGCGGCGAGAGACGGUGUGCAUCGUGCUGUCGGACGAAACCUGCCCUUCCGAGAAGAUCCGCAUGAACCGCUGCGUGCGCAACAACCUCCGCGUACGGCUGGGGGACGUCGUCAGCAUUCAGGCGUGCCCGGACGUGAAGUAUGGCAAGCGGAUCCACGUGCUGCCCAUCGACGACACCGUGGAGGGCCUGGCAGGGAGCCUGUUUGAGGUGUACCUGAAGCCGUACUUCCUGGAGGCGUACCGGCCGAUCCACAAGGGGGACCUGUUCCUGGUGCGGGGGGGCAUGCGGGCGGUGGAGUUCAAGGUGGUGGAGACGGACCCCUCGCCCUACUGCAUCGUGGCCCCGGACACGGUGAUCCACUGUGACGGGGAGCCCAUCAAGCGGGAGGAGGAGGAGGAGUCCCUGAACGAGGUGGGCUACGACGACAUCGGGGGCUGCCGCAAGCAGCUCGCCCAGAUCAAGGAGAUGGUCGAGCUGCCCCUCCGGCACCCCAGCCUCUUCAGGGCCAUCGGGGUCAAGCCACCCAGAGGCAUCCUUCUGUACGGUCCUCCGGGUACGGGCAAGACCCUGAUUGCUCGUGCUGUGGCCAACGAGACUGGAGCCUUCUUCUUUCUCAUCAACGGUCCCGAGAUCAUGAGCAAGCUUGCCGGAGAAUCGGAGAGCAACCUGCGCAAGGCCUUUGAGGAGGCCGAGAAGAACUCUCCCUCCAUCAUCUUCAUCGAUGAACUGGAUGCCAUUGCACCCAAGAGAGAGAAGACGCACGGAGAGGUGGAGCGGCGCAUCGUGUCCCAGCUGCUCACCCUGAUGGACGGACUGAAGCAGAGGGCCCACGUGAUCGUCAUGGCUGCCACCAACAGGCCCAACAGCAUCGACGCCGCCCUACGCCGCUUUGGCCGCUUUGACCGCGAGGUGGACAUUGGGAUUCCGGACGCCACAGGCCGCCUGGAGAUUCUGCGCAUCCACACAAAGAAUAUGAAGCUCGCCGACAACGUGGACCUUGAAAAGAUCUCUGCCGAAUCACAUGGCUUUGUGGGUUCCGACCUGGCGGCCCUGUGCUCCGAGGCAGCCCUGCAGCAGAUCCGCGAGAAGAUGGACCUCAUCGACCUGGACGACGACCAGAUCGACGCGGAGGUGCUCAGCUCCCUGGCGGUCACCAUGGACAACUUCAGGUGGGCGAUGGGCAAGAGCAGCCCGAGCGCCCUGCGGGAGACGGUGGUGGAGGUGCCCACGGUCACCUGGCUGGACAUUGGGGGCCUGGACAACGUCAAGAAAGAGCUGCAGGAGAUGAUCCAGUACCCCGUGGAGUACCCGGAGAAGUUCCUCAAGUUCGGCAUGACCCCGUCGCGGGGGGUGCUCUUCUACGGGCCCCCCGGCUGUGGCAAGACCCUGCUGGCCAAGGCCAUAGCCAACGAGUGCCAGGCCAACUUCAUCUCCAUCAAGGGCCCCGAGCUGCUCACCAUGUGGUUCGGCGAGUCAGAGGCCAACGUGCGCGACGUCUUCGACAAGGCUAGGGCGGCGGCUCCUUGCGUGCUCUUCUUCGACGAACUGGACUCCAUUGCCAAGGCCCGAGGAGGCAAUGUGGGAGACGCUGGCGGUGCGGCGGACCGCGUGAUCAACCAGAUCCUAACGGAGAUGGACGGCAUGAGCAGCAAGAAGAAUGUGUUCAUCAUCGGGGCCACCAACCGACCGGACAUCAUCGACCCGGCCAUCCUGCGUCCGGGCCGCCUAGACCAGCUCAUCUACAUCCCGCUGCCAGACGAGAAGUCUCGCAUGGCCAUCCUCAAGGCCAACCUCAGGAAGUCCCCACUGGCACCCGACGUGGACCUGACAUUCCUGGCGAGCAUCAGCCCUGGCUUCAGCGGUGCGGACCUGACGGAGAUCUGCCAGCGGGCCUGCAAGCUGGCCAUCCGGGAGUCCAUCGAGCAGGAGAUCCGCAAGGAGAAGGAGCGGGCGCAGAACCCGGACGCAAACAUGGACGUGGAGGACAGCGACCCCGUGCCGGAGAUCCGCAAGGACCACUUUGAGGAGGCGAUGAAGUUUGCCCGGCGGUCUGUGAGCGAAAAUGACAUCCGCAAGUAUGAGAUGUUCGCUCAGACGCUGCAGCAGAGCAGAGGCUUUGGGACAAACUUCAGAUUCCCCAGCGCGCAGCCCUCGGGACCCGGCGGCAACAGCCAGGGAAAUCCCAACCCGUCGCACUUCCAGGACGACGACGACGACCUCUACAGCUAAUUUCACCCCUGGCCCCACCCCCACACCACCCUUUUCCAUACUCCCCCACUGCAGUCGUGACAAACGUUCACCACCAGAGAGGCAAACCUUCUGAAGGAAACGGAGAGAUGCCCCCACCACACAUGCCGGUGUAUUAAAGCGGACAACACCUAAAAGGAGCUGGCUGCUUCCUUCUGGGCACAAGAAAUCGGCUUUCUUCUUUUUUUUUUUUACAUGUUUAAUAUAUGGUUUGGUUUGUUCUUGUGUUUCUCCAGAAGUAGACAUAACUUGCUGGAGGACAGCGAGCAGAUGUUGGGCGUGAAAUUGCCUGUACGACGACUUCUUCACUACGAAGCUAGAUGCGACUGUAAAGCAGUUAAAAUUGUGGUAUCGCAUCUCCUUUUGUUUUGAAAUGAGGAGGAAAAACAAUGUUCCGUGCAUUGUUUGUGGCGUCUUCGGUGGAUGCGAGCGUUUUAAAGUGGGAGAGCCCCAAACAAAUUUUUUUUUUUUUUUUGUCUGUGGGAAUGUACAUAAGUUUGGCUUUUUUUUGUAUUGAAACCACGUGGCUCGUUGUAUUCCGCCUGCUUAGCUUUUCGACAGAAGUGCGGUUCUGUAAUCAAUAAACUAUUUUCCACUUCUU